AUGGGAAGCAAUGCUCGUAUUUUCAAACAGCAAACAGCUGCUUUGCGGUAUGAGCUUGGUGAAGGCCACAGCUACGACUUUGUCAAUGGGCCGGUUCCAUGGGAGAUGGAUCAUGACCUAGAUGAGCUUGCGAUGGGUGAGGAGCAAACCUACGCUAUUUGUGAUCCAAAGUCGGCCUCCUCUUGCAUAGGCGCGAUGAAAAACAUUGAGCGAUACAUUGAAACUGAGGGUCCUUACGAUGGAGUCAUGGCAUUCAGCCAAGGUGCCAGUAUCAUCCUUGGUUGGAUGAUCAACAAGCAGCGAGAGGCCAAAUGGGUCAGCUCGCAGCAAUGCCCUUUCAAGGUGGGGAUUUUCUUUUCCAAUCCCUGGAGAGUGUACGAUGGCAACGCGCUAGCGAAUGAUCAACUUGUUUUCUUGAAUCCUGAAGACUUUGAAGGGCUUCUGGAUCUGCCUACUGCGCAUAUCUGGGGUUCGGCGGACAAAGCCUGUGCGCUGGCUCAGGCCAUCAGUACUUCAUGUGUGGCCGAUAAACGAUCAGUGUUUAUCCACGAGCGAGGGCAUGAGAUCCCGGCGAAGUCCGAUACGGUAAUCCUGAUGGCCCGGGUGAUCAAUCGGGCGAUAGCGCAAGCAGAGCCUGUAGAAUGA